GAACUUGCUUGGUCGAUCGUUUUUUUUUUCUUUUUCGAUGUAUGCAUGCACUUCUUUCUAUACAUGAUAUGUUGUUAGUCUUUUGGCGAAAGUAUUGUUUAUGGUGAAAAGACAUAUGUUGCUUCAUAAAUUUGAAACAAUUAUGGGUUUUUCAAGUUGGGGAUCUUGGAUUUUAUUGCAUGUAAUCAUAUCACUACCAGCCAUUGGACUGAUGUAUUCGACUAGAUCGAGCACCGUUCCGCUAAUGCAGAGGUGUGAUUCAUUCGAAGACGAGCCUGAUUAUAAUACUUCGUGCGUGGGCAGAUGUGGUGAUACCUUAAACCGAAGCCUCUCCUGCCAGUGUAAUUCUCCAUGUGGACGUUAUAAGGACUGUUGUUCUGACUUUGACGACGUUUGCAACACGACGUCUUGUAAAUGGCGAUGCAACCAGCAGCGUUACCUUGACAGUAUCCCAUGUCAAUGUAAUGACAAAUGUCAAGAUAAUUAUAAUUGCUGUGAAGACUACACAGAAAUGUGUCAAGGUGAAGAUACAACCCCUACGGUUGAAUGUGACGUCACAUCGUACGUCAAGGGUGCAGUGGACAUGGUGGAACAUCUUUCAAAUGAUACUUAUUGGACCUGCAUCGAAAACGAUGCGCCAUCGAUACACUGGCUACCCAACUGCUCAUGUCCUAUUGGACCAGAUGAUUUAGCGGUGAAUCUCACCAAAGGACUGACAACCAAGAUAAACUGUUCGGCCCUCUCAAAUGCCUCCAUCUCAUCCCCCAAGUCAUACUCCUAUACAUGGAGAAUGAACGCGCCACCGAACUCGAGGAUUCGUCUUCUUGUAUACCACUCUGAAGGGAUUACUAUUACAGCAACAAAUGAAGAUCGUGCCAACAGUGGUCAUACCUUUUCUCUGGAUGAUAACGAUUAUGUAUCUGCAUCGAACACAGUCAUUAUUAACGCAUCAUUGCAUGAUUUCAAGCAAGGUCAUCUUUUCAUGAUAGAAGGAUGGGCUCUCGAAGAAAGUGUUUCCGAUAGCUCUGUAUCUCCCGUUGCUAUCGUAUUACCAACUAUUCUUCUCAUUGUUGUCGGUGUAUCGGUAUUUUGGAUCCUCUGCAGAAGAAGAAAAGUUUUGACUGAAAGGAAGAAUCUGUAUUGUCAAAGCUCGGAUGGUCCCGUCAACUCUACUUGCAAUACAGUCAGCAGUGAUCAUCAUGGAGGGCCUCUUUACUCGGUACAGCAUGGUUCUCCACUGGUCAAAAUGCAACCUGAUGAUGCAUCCAGAACCACUCAACAGCAACAGAAUGACCGUGCUGGGACAAGCAUUGUGAUCUACAAUGAAAUUGGAGAGGAAAACUACAGUGUCCUGUUCAGCGGCAAAGAGCAGGGAGACUAUCAUACCUACGUCCUACCAGAUAGGCCUAUUCCUGAACUUGCACAGGAGGGUCAGAAGACAAGUAAUCAAAGUGCAGGAACCACCAACCAUUCGGAUCUCCAGAAGCAACUUGGGCAGGAAGAACCGGGGAACAACCAUUCAUAUGAUGUCCUUGAAGCAGGAAACGAAACCUCGCCAGCGACUGGACUUAUCUCACAGGAUGGAUCAUCAUCAACAAGAGUCGAUCCCGACUCUGAAGCCCAGGAGGGAAAACCAAAGGAGAUACCCGACGAUGCUGCUCACAAACCAUACGACCAUCCUCGACAAAGCGCACCGGAAGUUCUAGAAAAUCAUGCCGACAGCCCAACAAGACAUGAUGAAGCUCAUGCUGAAGAUGACUUGGCCAACACAUACACAACCUUGGAUGCUGAUCCGAAGGAUGACGGAGAGUACUCCCAUCUUCAAAGGCCUCUUGGUAUCAACCUGCCGUCAGGUCAUCAUCACCUCGGUCGAGAUCCAUGUAAUGAGUAUGGGAAACUCGGGGGGAACACCAGAUAAAUCAUCCACA